AUGGCCAAAAAGGUUUCGAAGAUAGAUGUUCUCAUUGUUGGUGCAGGCCCGGCAGGGCACAUGCUGUGCACUUGGAUGGCACGAAUGGGCAUCAAGACUAGGAUAGUUGAUAAGCGAUUCGACCGAGUCAACAGCGGACAGGCAGAUGGCCUCCAAAGCAGGACCUUCGAGAUUUUGGACUCUUUAGGCAUUGGCCAGGAUAUUUGGAGGCAAGCCAACCAUAUGUUAGAAAUUCGAUUUUGGAACCCCGACGAACGGGGCGCGAUUCAUCGAUCCGGCAUGAUUGUCGACACAAGUCCCGGCCUCAGUCGGUUUCAACAAGCUACCCUUCACCAGGGCAUUAUAGAAGACCACUUGAUGGGAUAUGUCAAGCAACAUAGUGACAUUCAGGUCGAGUAUGGCCUCAUGCCGGAAAGUUUGAGCAUCGAUACCGAGCAGGCAGGCAAUCCGGACGCGUACCCUGUUUCUUGUACUGUGCGACAACUCGUUAAGGAGAAGCCUUCAGAUCAACCGAAUGAGCAUGGAGGAUCCUCGGUUCCCAACGGGCUAUAUCGGAGCAAUCUGGCCGCAGAUACCACCGAUCAAAUGCUUCAAUCGGCCAAGGAAAACGAGUCCUCGAGCACCGAAGAGAUCCUGGCCAAAUACGUGGUUGGCUGUGACGGGGCACACUCAUGGACGCGCCGCCAAAUCGGUAGCGUGAUGGAGGGCGAACAAACCGAUUUUAUCUGGGGCGUUCUCGAUAUAAUUCCCAUCACCAAUUUUCCAGACAUCAGAUACCGUUGCGCCAUCCACUCUGCAGCCGGCAGCAUGAUGGUCAUUCCCAGAGAAAACAAAUAUGUUCGCCUGUACAUCCAAAUUACCCAAACGGACGAGUCUGGCAAGGUCCUUGAUCGCCACCAAAUCAGCCCGAAGACCCUCACUCAAGCUGCACAAAAGAUUCUGAGUCCGUACAAGUUCAGUUUCAAACAUUGUCACUGGUGGACUGCAUACCGAAUCGGCCAGAGAGUGGGUUCCAAGUUUUCUGCCAACCGGAGAGUAUUCCUUGCUGGGGAUGCUGUACACACACAUAGCCCGAAAGCGGGCCAGGGAAUGAAUAUUAGUAUGCACGACACCUUCAACUUGGGAUGGAAGCUUGCAUCCGUCAUCCAAGGUCGUUGCUCACCAUCCCUGCUUGAAACUUAUGACCUUGAGCGGCGUCAAAUCGCCCAGGAGCUGAUCGAUUUCGAUCACCAGUUUUCUCGUCUGUUCUCGGGACGUCCCGCUCAGGAUAUUCUGGACAAAGAAGGCAUCGAUCUGAAAACGUUUCAGGAUGUCUUCGAAAAGGGUAAUCUCUUUGCCAGCGGCAUUGCAGUCAACUAUAGGCCAAACAUGAUAGUCAUCAAGCCGGGAAAAUCGGAAGCUGCUGAGAAGGGCAACGGGGCAGUCCAACAUGUGGAGGAUGCUAACGGCUCGACGUAUGCCAGUGACGGCGGAAAGCGUCUCUCCAACAUUGAGAUCGGGUCACGUAUGCCGAGCCACAAGAUUUUGAAUCAGUCAGAUGCAAGGCCUUGGCAUCUGCAAGAGCUCCUCCCGAGCAACGGAGCAUGGCGGAUUCUGUUUUUCGCGGGCAACAUCCUGGACGAAGCACAGCUGAGCCGGGUCAAGACAUUUGCUGAAGCCUUAGACGCUCCAUCCUCCUUCCUGAAGAAACACACGAAGCUGGUUGAAAACUGGAGCUCGGUGUUCGAACUGAUCACAAUCCACUCUGCCCCACGUGUCAAGGUAGAGCUGCUUUCACUACCGGAUAUCCUCCAUCCAUGGUCGGAUGAAUUCGGCUGGGAUUAUAACAAAGUAUUUGUCGACGACAUGUCGUACCACGAGGGUCAUGGGCAAGCAUACAAAAAUUACGGCAUCGAUGCAUCCAAGGGUUGCGUCGUCAUCGUGCGCCCAGAUCAAUAUGUGAGUUGGAUUGGUGAAAUGGAGGACGUGGAGGAGAUGAAUAAGUUUUUCGGGGCGUUCAUGCUGGCUUCAUCAUGA